UACAUACGGGCGCGGCAUGAUUGUUGGCGGGAGGAGUAUGUCUGACUGUACGUAUAAUCGACAAGAGCUCGUCAAUGAGACGAUUGCGGGACUUACGAGCAAAGUAAAUAGGUUUCGUGACGCAGUGAAGGACACGACUGCCGCCAGGAGAGACCAGAAAUGUCGUUGCCGCAAGGAAAAGGCGCGAGAAGUGGCAGCUCUUGGAAAAGCAAUGGAGAGCUACAUUCCAGUCAAUUGUGACAGACCAGAAUUGGUAAUCUCCAGUGGAAGAAAUGCAGAGGAUAUGCUUGACAGAGCAGCUGAGAUAGGUCAAAAGCUUUACCAGUCUACACAGAAGUUGCAUCAGUUACAUCAAACCGUGAGUGAUCUUGAACUAGUCCAGCAGCAAGAUCUGUUUAGAUUCGACACAAAACUACACUAGAAGAUGGCAACAACAGUGAAGUGCCUAAACAGCAAGACAACUAACAUAGCCUACUUGUCCUUUUGGGCAGUGCUAAGCUUAUUUAUUUUAUAAUUUGUGCCAUGUAAUUUAAAUUAAGCUUGAAAUUGCAAUUGUAACCUUUGAGCUAUUUUCUAUGGUUUGAAGAUAGUUCAAGUGUAAGUGCACUUUACGGAAUACUAACAAGAUAUAUAGA